UCACAUCCAUUUUCCACUUCCCGCACGAGUCAUUGUCCAAACUUGCAUCACGACAGCAGCUACGCGGGGCAGCACACCACGCAAGCCGCACCUCACACGCAGUCGGUGUGGGACCCAGCUCGCGCCUCGACAGGGCACCAACCAACCUCGCCAGCAUCCAUACUUUGCCCGUUGCAUAUGUUGCUAUAGAGGGACCACCGCCAGCCGCAGCAAUACCAUUCGAGAUCAAGCGCAUACGAGACAUGCGCACGCGGCAAGUAAGAACGGGUUCGUGAUCCACCACUAGGCCGCCAGCAACGCAGACACCAGCGCUUUCCACCAACAACGCACGCCUGCCGCGACUACACACAUACGGCCAGGCAAUUCUCGUUGCUUCUGGCAGGAGCCACCGCCUCGCAGCACCAGCGCGCACCGCACCCGCACGAGGCCAACGUGGCUCAUUUCGACUUCUCCGCCGAAAUCCCUCUCAGCAGCGAUCGCUCCAGCUCGCCGCCCAUCCGACACUCAUACUAUCGCUCCCAACAAUCUCCCGCCGGCCACAGAGCGGCCUUCUCGCCGCCACACGCCGAGUCGCGAGCCACGCGCCGCUUCCGUCUGAGCUCGGCUUUUGAGAAAGCCUGCAGUGUGCAUCAAGUCGCUUUGGACGACCUCUCCGAGACCAUGUCGUCCUCUAGUCAAGCGCCAGAGUCUUGGAUCUCGGCUUUCUGCUCCUUGGUCGGCCACGAGUACUUUGCCGAGGUGUCGGAGGACUUCAUCGAAGAUGACUUCAAUUUGACCGGACUUCAGAGUCAGGUACCUAUGUACAAGGAAGCAUUGGAGAUGAUAUUGGAUGUGGAGCCGGAAGACGCAAGCGAGGAGGAAGAAGAGGAGGAGGAAGAUGAAGAUGAAGACCAGGACGAAAUGCACGAUGGCGAUAUUAUCGGGCGAGGGGGCUACAGGAGAGCUGCAGAUGCUGCGGCCGCGGCAGCAGAGCGGAGACAUUUGCGCAUGGCCAGCGAUUUGAGCGUGAUCGAAAGCUCGGCGGAAAUGCUGUACGGGCUGAUACACCAACGCUUCAUCACGAGCCGGCAGGGAAUACAGCAGAUGGCAGAGAAGUAUGAGCUGGGUCACUUUGGGCAUUGUCCGCGUGUGUACUGUCACGGCGCAAAAGUCCUACCGGUAGGCUGCUCAGAUAUUCCAGGACAAGAGACUGUCAAACUCUUCUGCCCGAGUUGUCUGGACGUCUACACGCCUCCUAACAGUCGAUUCCAAACGGUGGACGGAGCAUUCUUCGGGACGACAUUCGGCUGCUUAUUUUUCAUGACAUUCCCCGAGCUCGAUGUUGGAGGGACAAGGCCUGCACCUCAGGUUGAAAUGUCCACGUCCUCGCCUACAGUCGGCCAAUCUUCCAAGAACCGCCAGUCAUCGCUCUCAUCAACAAUAACAGCGGAGCAAUUUCAGUCAGGUAUUCCACCGCCUCCGCCUCCUGAACCAGCGCCUGCACUCAAACAACCGGAUGUCAUCAAUGGCGUGGCACCAAAGAACCUUGCACCUGGACUUGGAUUGGGCUUCAUCUAUGAGCCUCGAAUUUAUGGGUUCCGAGUUUCUGAAAUUGCCAAGACUGGUCCUCGAAUGAAAUGGUUACGUAGUCGACCGGCUGAUGUCAAUGAGCUUGAUGAGUGUCGGAUAUGGGCUCAAAAUCAGGAGGCCCUACUAGCCAGUCAAGGACAGGUCACGGACGAGGGUAUUCCGGGGCCGCCCAUAGGAGACAGUGAAAUGGCGGAUGGCGUUGAGGAGCGGGAUGAUGGGGAAGUGGAAGAUCAAGAAAUGAAUGGUGAGGGACUGGUCGAUGAUGUGAAGCAUCAGCGACGGAAGACUAAGCGGAAAGGAGAUGUCGGUGGGGCUAGUGGUGGGUUAGUUAAUGGAGAUAACCAACCGACGAGAAGUACAGUGAGGGUGGGAAAUGGAGGAUAGUAUUCUAAGGACAGGACCAAGGUCGCUCGAGGGGGGCGUUGCGCAGUCUGAGAAUAGAAUGAAGUAUAUGAAGAUUAUGUCGGGAAGGAGAUGAGACCGCGAGGCGUGCAAUGCAAUGCAAUGCGUUCACGAUAUGGAUACGUCUACUACUAGAGGGAUGGGGGAGGGGAACUGGGUUGAACAAAGGCCGAAGCGCUCCUUUUGCUGCAGUCAGC